AUGGCAGACAACAAGCGUCAGAAUUCAGGAGUCAGAGCGCCUGCACAGGGAACCUCCAGUGCUGCGAAUCAGGGAAUGGCCGGAGCCAUGGUACCUUUGGAAGUCGCGCUGAGCGGUGCAAUUGGUGCACGUGUUCGCAUCAGCACAGCAGCUCCCGCUGUGUCUACGAUUGAAGGAACCUUGUUCACCGCUUGUCCCAUCACCAACCUUGUUGCUAUCAAUACCGCCGACGGGAAACAGGUGCAGACAGGCGAUUACCACGUCAUCCCGGUGUCGCGUAUACAGUCCUUCCAACUUCUUACUCUUGCCCCGUCGACUGGCACCCCCGAGGGACCAUCUUUCUCCGAUGCGGUCCCUCCGGUACACGCGCUUGAUAUCCGUGCCUUGAAGACGCGAGAGGCCAACGCUGUCAGCAAGUUACAAGAGAACGAGGCGCGCCGUGGUAAAGGUGUUACUCGGGAGGCCCAGAAGUUGUUCGAUGCGUUCAGUCGCACAAUGCCGGCCAGGUGGGACAGAACUAGCAUCGUCGUAGCAGACGCAGUCACCAUCGCACCUCCGUACCGUGUAGAUGAUUGCCGGUCGCUGGUGGCGGGUGAUACCGCUGCUCUUGCUCGAGUGCGCAAGGUGCUUGAAAUGGAGCGUAUGAAGAUGGAACUGCGUAAUGACAGUGCCACCAUUUCCUCCACUGAUGCUUUUUCGCGAAACUCCACUGCCAAUAACACCAACUUGUUGUCUCCAGGGCCUGGCGCUGCUGGACAAAGGAAGGGAGGUUGA